AACUCUAGCGCCCACGUGUAGGGCAAUUGAAUUGAAACCUAAGGUAUUUUUGCGAUUCAAUUUCUAAAGGUGCGCAAAUGAGUACGCCAUUGAAUAACAAAAAAAUUGUGUUCAGUGAUGACGGAACGCCUUUGGAAAACAAGGCCAUGACAGAAAAGCUUUCAAAAUCCAGGAAUCCAGUACUGGUAAAUGUAGGGACAUCAACGAAACACAAGCUAUUAGUGGAUAGCAAUGGUGAGGCUAAAAAGCCAAAGCGCAUUAAAUUUGACAACGAUGAAGCUGAAAAAAAUAUAGACGACACAUCUGUCUCUGAGGAUAGUGACGAAAACAAUGAUGACCCGGACAGGCGCUUUCAGUAUCAAUCGGGUGCAGAAGAAGUUCAUAAAAAGUGGUAUCAUUUGUAUCCUCAAUUCACAUGCUAUGAUGAAGUGCUAGACCUAAAAGAAAACGAGCAACUGGAUAUAUUCAAUACGUGCAAAAGCGCUUUCGAAGCAGAGAAGCCAACAUAUAACAAACGCAAUCCUUCAGACGCACGCUGGUUACAAACUGCUUUGCACAAAGGCACAGCAAAAGAUCGCGCCAACGCUGGAGCACUUCUUGUUACUAGCAAUCCUCUGGGCAACAUUGAAGCUCUUAAUAUACUGAUCGAAUUUUGCAAAUUGUCUAAUAAAUCUUGUAAUGAUGUGAUCGGAAUUCUUACCGAUCUAUGGCAAGAAGUGCUGCUGCCGCCAGAUCGGAAGCUUUUAUCUCUAAACAGUCGAGGAGCUGACUGGAAGCAGCUACGAAAGAAUUGCAAUAUUAAGAAGGAUCACCAACGAUGCAUAUGUGCCUACUGGUAUUUUGAAAAUGAGUUAAAGGAUCUUUACUUUGAGUUCCUGAAAAUUCUUAUGCAAGGUCUACAGACAGGGCAAGAACAUAAUAAAAAUGCUUCAAUAGUUGCCGCUGCGCGUUUACUCUCCUACGCUCCGGAAAAAGAACAAAUGUUGCUUACAAUGCUCAUAAAUAAGCUAGGUGACCCAACAGCAAAGAUUGCUUCAAAAGCAUUGCACCACCUCAGUGAGGUAGCUCAACGACAUCCCAACAUGAGCACCGUUAUUGUAGCGGAGACGGAAAAGUUGAUUUUUCGAAACAAUAUCUCUGAACGUGCACAGCAUUUUGCAUUGUGUUUUCUGUCCAGCAUUGCGCCGUCUGGUCGGGCCGAAGUGUGCACCAAAUUGGUCAAUAUUUGUUUUUCACUCUUCAAAGUGCUGGUGCAAAGGGGUGCCGUGAACAAUCGCACCAUGCAGGCCAUAUUACGUUGCUUAAAAAACGCCAUCUUUGAAGCAAAACCUGCUAAUGGCAAGACUGAACUGCUCAACAAAGAGAUGCAAGAUACCAUUUACCGUUUGGUUCAUUUAGCUGAUAUACGUGUCUCUGUACAAACAUUGGGACUACUACUCCAACUUAUCACUGUAAAGACAGAAAAAACUGAUCGCUUUUAUAAUGCGCUCUAUGUAAAGUUGUUGGACUUGAAUUUGAUUAAUAUUGGCUCUAAAACGGCGGCACAAUUACUGCAUAUUGUACAUCGUGCUAUCCACAUCGAUAAGCAUAUGCCUCGUGCUCAGGCCUUUAUCAAACGAUUGUUGCAGUUGGCGCUCUAUUUACCAUCCCACAUCGCCGCUGGUUGCAUGAUUGUAUUGCAUAAGGUGUUGCGCAUGCGCCGUGAACUGAUUGAUGACAGUGGACAGACCAAGGAAACGGCGAAUAAUGCUAUACCAACUGAAAACGUUGUAACUGAUAGUGAGGAUAAAUAUGCAGAAAAUGUAUUGCCAAGCAGCCCCUGGCAUCACACUAAUAUAAAAGCCGUCGCUAACGAUAAAGAAGUACGUGUUAUUGGCACGCGCCAAUACGAUCCCUACCACCGCGUGCCAGCUUUUGCAGGAGCUGCAUAUGCCCUGCGCAACGAGCUACAGUUGCUGCGUCAACACUAUCAUCCCACUGUGCAAGUUUUUGCUGAGCAGAUUCUUUUACAAAAACGCAUUGAUUAUUAUGGCGAUCCACUGCGUGAUUUCGGACUGCCCUAUUUUCUUGAGCGGUUCGCCUUUAAGAAUCCCAAAAGGCUUAAUAAUCCGCAUCCGGAAAGUUCCACCAUCGCCCACAAACGAUAUAUGGCAUAUGGUACACGUGGAAAGCCAGUUAAGUCGUUGACAAGCAUCAAUUGUACGGAGGAUGAAAUGUAUAUAUUUAAUUUCUUGGAGCAUAAACGCAAACGUGCUGCAAUGAGCUUGUCGAAUGAACAAGAAUUUAAAGCGGAGGCCGAUUACGAGGGUGACUCUGAGUUAAAAUAUGGCGAAGUAGAUGAUGAUGAAUUUGAAGUCUAUUUGGAUAGCUAUUUCGGUAAAAAAUUUAAGGUUGCCAAUGCAACAGAGAGCAGCGGGGACGACGAAUUAAACUAUCUCCAAGAAUUGGGAGGCGAAAUACAACAUAAAAAACUUCAAAAUGAAAACAAAAAUAAAAAACAUGCAGCCGUCUGCUCCGACGACGAUGAAGACAUAGAUGACUGGAACGACAAUGGUGAUGGUGAACUAGACAUAGAUGGAAGUGUCUUUUCUGACAAUGAAAACGGUUCUAUUAAUUUGGACGAGCUUGAUGAUGAGUCCGUUGAUAAAGAUAGUGAUACAACCGAUACACCAGAAACCGAUGACAGCGAUGACGACAUAAACGUCAAACCUUCAAAGGCAAAGAAAUCGCUUCAGAGUCAACAGUCAGGUUAUGAUAAGCGCAGCUUUGCCAAAAAACUCAAAACCAGCACUAACAUGCUAUCCCUGUUUGCUGCUGCUGAUGACUUCUCUAAUCUGCUGGAGGAAACUGGCAAAACAAGAGGCCAAGGUACUGUAAAUGCUGUAUUCAAUAUGGACAAAUCAUCAGAUAAGCAAAUUAAUUGGGAGGAAAAGCGACGCUCAACCGGCAACCACGCAAGUAAAAAAAUUUCUACCAAAUCAGGGGGUCGCAAAAAGAUUCAAUUUGGAAAGAAACGUAAGCACUCAAAAAGCAGUUAAUGUAACAAUAAAUAAAAUGUAAUAAAUAAAUUUUAAAAGAGA